AUGGUUGAUCACAUGAAUCGGGUUAGAUUAGUAAGUAACAAAAAAAAAAAACAACAAAUUUCUAUUUAUUUUUGUAUUUCAUGGAUAUUUUAGAGUGAAAUGAUUAGUACUCAAGGUCUUAUUCAUGAUGAGAAUUUUCGUCCUAUUGAUGCUGUCGUUUUACUUGGUGAACCCAUUCAAUGGGAAAGAUCAUUACAAGUUAUUAUUGAUCUUCUUUUAACUGAUGGUAAUCCUUCUAUUGUACCAGAUGAUUCAAAUACUAAACAUGAUCAUAUACCUAUUAUUGCUUGCAAUAGAGAUCUUGUAUUUAAAGCUGCUGCAGAUUUACCACGUUUUGGUCAUGGUGCUUUUCUUACAUGUUUAGAAACAUUAUAUAAAAAUAUAAGUGGAAAUGAUCUUAAAUAUACAGCAUUUGUUGGUAAACCAUUUGAAAUUUCAUAUCAAUAUGCUGAAACAAUAGCUAAUCAAAUAGCAUUAGAUAAUGGUCAAUCAAAAAUUGAAAAAAUUUAUUUUAUUGGAGAUAAUCCAGAUGUUGAUAUUGUUGGUGCAAAUAUGUAUAAUCAUUUAUUACAACAAACGAUGAAUUCAAGAACAAGUAUUAGUGGUUAUAGUUUAUUACCUGAUUCGAAAUAUUUAAGUGCAAAAUUAUGUGAAUCAAUUUUAGUGUGUACAGGUGUUUAUGAACCAAAUAAACAAAAGAUUAAUGGUAAAAAUCCAUGGAAAUUACCAACAACAAUUAAACUUGAUGUUUGGGAAGCUGUUAAAUAUAUUCUUUUAAUGGAAACAUGUCCAUGGAUUAUUAAUUGUUAA